AGAGUGCAGUCUGAGAGAUUUGGGUGUUGUGGUGGUGUAAUAUUGUUUUUAUUGACUGUUCUAAAAAUGUUAACCAUUUAACUGUCAUGGAGGACGAUGGUACAUUGUCCAGAACGACCGGUUCUGUCGUUCUUCAAGUGGGAGCCCUGGAAUUGCUUGCGCGCUAUUCUAUGAACUCGAGAGCAACUAGCGUUUUGUCAUCACUCCAUGAGUUCAGAAGUCAGGAAGUAGAGCAAACUGGUGGAAAACAAUGGAAUUGGAAAUAUUUGAGGGAUCAAUUCUCACAAAAGGAUCUUGAAGGAUUGUAUAGGAAAUAUGAUGACAAAUUACGAGUUACACUUAUAUAUAUUUAUGUAUCGCUUUUGGUAUUUUUCUCAACAAUACAUAUCGUCUUAGUUAUAGCGAGUACAUAUCAUGGGCAAAUACAAUGGCGUUCAACCUACCUAUCAAUGGCAAUGUAUAUUCUAAGGAUAACGUUACCAAUAUUUUCAUUCUGGAAACGAUUCUAUGAUCCCCUUAAAAAGAAAUGGUUUUGGAUGCCGAUGCUCGUCACUUUUUUGCUUACAUUAGACCUGGUUGUAUCAGAUAUAAGCGUCGUUAUAUACAGUUCAAUAGAAGGCAUGCCUAUCCGACCGGCCUUCCCUACAAUGUCACUUCUAUCAGUGUACAUCUUUCUGCCCAUGAGGAACAAUUUCCUUGCUAUAUUUCUUGGAGUUAUCGUCAGUGUCAUAUACAUCUUCGUGUUCGCUUUCUUCACUUAUAACGAAAAUCCUAACGUUAAAACAAUGGUAGCGUGCGAAAUAAUGUAUUUAAUAGGCGUCAACCUUAUGGGGACUUACUUUAGAUUGAUGAACGAGAUAGUAACUCGACGGUCAUUUCUAGAUAGACGUGCAUGUGUUGAGAGUACGCUGCGACUAAAAUUCGUUAAGGACCAAGAGGAGCGGCUUAUGUUAAGUAUAUUGCCAGAGCACAUUGUGUCUAGAGUUAGACAUGAUAUAAGAGAUAUGUUUUUGGAUAUAAGGUCGCAAAGCCAGAGUCAUAACAUGAAGUCUUUCAGUCAACUGUACGUAGAAGAACAUAACAAUGUGAGUAUUUUAUACGCAGACGUCGUGAAUUACACAAAGAUUUCAACAACACUCUCCCCGAUGAGAAUGGUCGAACUGCUCAAUGAACUUUUCGGUAGAUUUGAUGAAGCGUCGGAAGAGCAUGACGUAUUACGAAUUAAGUUCCUAGGUGAUUGCUACUACUGUGUAAGUGGGAUACCAAAACCAACUGUGCAACAUGCCAAAAACUGUGUGGAUCUGGGACUUGAAAUGAUUCAUAUAAUCAAAGACGUCAGAGAUAAACGGUCAUUAAAUAUUGAUAUGAGAAUCGGCGUACAUUCAGGUAAAAUUUUAAGUGGUUUAAUUGGAAUUCGAAAAUGGCAAUUCGAUGUUUGGUCAAAGGAUGUUACAAUUGCAAAUAAAAUGGAGUCAACCGGAAAGGCCGGCAAAGUACACGUAACUAAGCAAACAUUGGAGCUUCUUUUGGAUUAUGCAAGAGAAUAUAUUAUUGAACCAAAUUUUUCUUCACAAAGUGAUCCGUUCAUAAUAAAGAAUAAGCUAGAAACAUUUUUACUUACAAGACCACCAAAGCCUCCAGCAGAUAGCAAACCUUUUCGGCGAGCUUCUGUCGGCUUCAACAAAAUAAUUACUUCACGCUCGCGUGCUAGACGAUCGGAAAAUAAUCGUAGAAGUUCUUCGAAUUUUCGUCGAACUACCGCAUUUAUGGAUGAGAACUUGGUUGAGUAUCAACAAAUGCUCAAAGCAGCUGAUGCUCAAAUGGCAAAGGAAAUUGAGGAUAUGACUAACGGAAAAGAUUAUUUAAAAAAGGAAUCCAGAUUAAAUAGAUUCAGUUUAAUGUACAAAAACUUCAAAUUGGAGAAAUCUUUCCUUCUGCAACCCGAUCCUCUGUUCAAAUAUUAUACAGCAUGCUGUCUAUUAAUAUUGAUUAUAAUAAUCAUUAUAAAUGGCCUUACCACAGACUGGUUUUACAAUUUUACGUUGUACUCUAUAAUAUUAUCAAGUUUAUUGUUAUUAUACCUAAUUAUAAUGCAGCCGUUGUCGUGGUUUCAAUUUGUCUGGACAAAAUACAAAGGUAUAGACGAACCAAAAAAUAAAUUGCUGCGCUGGUUUUAUGAUUUAUCAAUAACAAUUAUAAAAUCGGCAAAAAUAAGAACGGCGAUGUAUCUUACUAUCAGCUUGGGACUUGCAGCAAGUUCAAUGGUCAAUGUAAUAGGUUGUGCCGAAGUUGAAGUUGGUUCAACAGAUGUUGUUCUGUCGAACUGUAUUUCGCCGUGGCACGUAACUCAGUGUUGGAGUUUGGCUUUGUUAUUAAAUUUCUUAUUUAGUAGAGUCUUUUUCAUCUUUAAGUGGAUCGUUGCUGGAGGAAUGACAAUAUUUUACCUUUGUGUUGUCUGGGAGAUUAAAACUUCGCUAUUUGCUAGAGACCUUACUUGGAACGUAGGCUUGGAUCCCAGAGUCUCACAUACAUUGUCAGUGGUUUUUAUUACUGUAAUGUUAUACUGGAUUGACAGAACGACUGAAUAUAGAAAUAGGUUGGACUAUUUGUGGCAAAUACAACUAAGAGAAGAACAAGAAGAAGCUGAGACUAUGCUUAAAGUUAAUAAUAUGCUGUUGGAAAAUAUUUUACCAGCUCAUGUUGUUCAAGUUUAUUUGGAUCUAAAUAGAUCAUUGGAUGAGCUAUAUUAUGAAAAGUAUGAUAACGUAGCCGUCAUGUUUGCUUCACUGACGGACUAUAAAUUGGGAUUGGAAGACGACGCAGAUUUAUGUGAUAAAUUUGUAUUGAGCAUUUUGGACGAAGUUAUUUCUGAUUUUGAUAGACUUCUCCUAACUGGGUCCUCGGUUUAUAAAAUAGAAAAAAUCAAAAUGGCGGGCUGGACAUAUAUGGCUGCUUGUGGGUUGGACCCCAACCGAAGAGAUUCAUAUGAUUCGUCUUCAUAUACUUCAAUAGUCGACAGGAAUAAAAACACUCCUUACAAUCGGGCAAUCGUAGUCACAAUGGUUGAAUUUGCAGCUGCCAUGAUGAUGCAAUUACAAAAUUUUAAUCGAGGAUCAUUCCAAAGUUUCGAGGGAUGGAAUUUACGUAUAGGUAUAUCAAAUGGUGAAGUAGCUGCAGGCGUUGUUGGAUCUCUCAAGCCAUUAUACGAUAUUUGGGGAAAUGCUGUAAAUAUGGCCUCUCGAAUGGAUUCAACUGGUGAAACAGGAAGGAUUCAAGUGACUGAAAAUACAGCUAUUAUUUUAGACGAAUGCGGUAUCCUAACAAGUUAUCGUGGCGAGACAUUUGUUAAAGGCAGAGGUUACAUAAAAACUUAUUUUGUGCCUUUGGAUGAAAACUUUAAUUUAGUAAAGAAAGAAAACUCGUCAGAAUAUUUUAAAAACGACGAAAGACAAAGAUAUUUUUACGCUAGGCCCACGAUGCUCAGCCUCACAUCAGUAGACACAGGCACGCUUGAUACAGUGUCACAAAACUCUACAACUGAUAUUCAAGACAUCCCCACUGAUGUUCAAAAUGGGGAUGUAAAUAAACUAGACGAGAACAAUUGCGUAAGCUUUAAAAAACUAAAAAGGUCAAUAAGCGAUUAUGGAACAGACGGGAUAUCGAUACCACCAAGGGAUGACGGAAGUGACGUAUAUGCUGAAAUGGACAUUAUUGAAACUCGUUGUUAA